ACAGCCCACGUUUGCUGUUCUUGUACCUGCAAGGACAUGUUGUGUCCCCGUCCAUAAAGUAUCCAUCUCGGGAAUCACCGUUAUCUCUCUCUUCUCCCCCCCCCCCUCUCUAUCUGUUGCAGUUCUGCUUUACCCUGAUCCUGGAAAUUGGUUGUCAAAGGGAUUCUUAGUCAUAAUGGGGGACAAGGGCGAGGUUUUGGAGGCCAUUCUGAAGGAGGCUGUUGAUCUGGAAAACAUUCCUAUCGAAGAAGUCUUUGAGAACUUGAGAUGUACUAAGGAGGGGUUGUCAACUCAAGAUGCGACAGAGAGAUUGGAAAUUUUUGGGCAGAACAAACUCGAGGAAAAGAAGGAAAGCAAAUUUCUUAAGUUUCUAGGAUUUAUGUGGAACCCAUUAUCUUGGGUCAUGGAAGCAGCUGCCAUUAUGGCCAUUGCUCUUGCUAAUGGAGGGGGUAAACCUCCCGACUGGCAAGAUUUUGUGGGGAUCAUAACGCUUCUUCUGAUCAAUUCUACCAUCAGCUUCAUUGAGGAAAAUAAUGCUGGCAAUGCGGCUGCAGCUCUCAUGGCUCGCCUUGCUCCCAAGGCGAAGGUGCUGAGGGACGGGAGGUGGAGCGAGGAAGAAGCAUCCAUUUUGGUUCCUGGCGACAUAAUCAGCAUAAAACUGGGAGACAUUAUCCCUGCUGAUGCCCGUCUCCUUGAAGGAGAUCCGCUCAAGAUUGAUCAGUCUGCACUUACUGGUGAGUCCCUGCCCGUAACCAAAGGCCCCGGCGAUGGGGUUUAUUCUGGCUCUACCUGCAAGCAAGGAGAGCUUGAAGCGGUGGUCAUCGCCACUGGUGUUCAUACCUUCUUUGGCAAAGCUGCCCAUCUUGUUGAUUCUACUAACCAAGUUGGUCACUUCCAAAAGGUUUUGACUGCAAUCGGGAAUUUCUGUAUAUGCUCGAUUGCUGUGGGUAUGAUAAUAGAGAUAAUUGUCAUGUACCCCAUUCAAGAUCGCAAGUACCGUCCAGGAAUAGAUAAUCUUUUGGUGCUUUUGAUCGGUGGAAUUCCAAUAGCCAUGCCAACAGUUCUGUCUGUUACGAUGGCAAUCGGAUCCCAUCGACUUUCUCAGCAGGGUGCAAUCACAAAACGGAUGACUGCAAUAGAGGAAAUGGCAGGGAUGGAUGUUCUAUGCAGUGACAAAACAGGGACGCUGACAUUGAACAAGCUGACUGUCGACAAAAAUUUGGUUGAGGUUUUUGCUAAAGGGGUUGACAAAGACAUGGUCAUUCUAAUGGCUGCAAGAGCUUCUCGAACUGAAAAUCAAGAUGCCAUUGACACAGCCAUUGUUGGGAUGCUGGCUGACCCAAAAGAGGCAAGAGCUGGCAUCCAGGAAGUUCAUUUUCUUCCGUUCAACCCAACAGACAAACGGACUGCAUUAACAUAUAUCGGCAGUGAAGGGAGAAUGCACCGCGUCAGCAAAGGUGCACCUGAGCAGAUUCUUAACUUGUCGCACAACAAGUCAGAAAUUGAACGUAGGGUCCACACAGUGAUUGAUAAGUUUGCAGAACGAGGACUUAGAUCCCUUGCUGUUGCAUAUCAGGAGGUGCCUGAUGGCAGAAAAGAGAGCCCUGGAGGGCCAUGGCAGUUCGUUGGCCUAAUGCCUCUGUUUGAUCCACCUAGGCAUGAUAGUGCAGAGACAAUUAGGAGGGCACUCAAUCUUGGUGUUAAUGUUAAAAUGAUCACUGGGGAUCAACUUGCAAUUGGUAAGGAGACAGGCCGCCGCUUGGGGAUGGGAACAAAUAUGUAUCCAUCUUCUGCCUUGCUUGGACAAAACAAGGAUGAGUCACUUGCUGCUUUGCCUAUUGAUGAUCUGAUUGAGAAGGCUGAUGGAUUUGCUGGUGUCUUUCCUGAACACAAAUAUGAGAUAGUAAAGCGCUUGCAAGCAAGAAAGCAUAUUUGUGGAAUGACUGGUGAUGGUGUGAACGAUGCCCCUGCCCUGAAGAAGGCAGACAUUGGGAUUGCCGUCGCUGAUGCAACUGAUGCAGCCCGCAGUGCUUCUGACAUUGUUCUUACUGAACCUGGUCUAAGUGUUAUUAUUAGUGCUGUACUAACUAGCCGUGCAAUAUUCCAGAGGAUGAAAAAUUACACGAUCUAUGCAGUUUCCAUUACUAUCCGUAUUGUGCUUGGUUUCAUGCUGUUGGCCCUCAUAUGGAAAUUUGAUUUCCCUCCAUUUAUGGUCCUGAUCAUUGCCAUCCUAAAUGAUGGUACAAUUAUGACAAUAUCAAAGGACAGGGUGAAGCCGUCUCCUCUUCCUGACAGCUGGAAGUUGGCCGAGAUAUUUGCUACUGGUAUUAUUAUUGGCAGUUACCUGGCUAUGAUGACUGUGAUUUUCUUCUGGGCAGCUUAUAAGACAGACUUCUUUCCGCGAAUUUUCAAGGUUUCCAGUCUUCAGGACACAGCAACAGAUGAUUUCAGGAAACUUGCUUCAGCAAUUUAUCUGCAAGUCAGUACAAUAAGUCAGGCCCUUAUAUUUGUCACUCGUUCUAGGAGUUGGUCAUUCGUUGAGCGUCCUGGUUUGUUGCUUGUUAGUGCCUUUGUUAUCGCUCAGCUGGUUGCUACGUUGAUUGCAGUAUAUGCAAGUUGGAGUUUUGCAGCCAUUGAAGGAAUUGGCUGGGGAUGGGCAGGUGUUGUUUGGCUGUAUAACAUCAUCUUCUACAUACCUCUUGAUUUUAUCAAGUUCAUUAUCCGUUAUGCUUUGAGUGGAAGGGCCUGGGAUCUUGUUCUUGAGCAGAGGAUUGCUUUCACCAGGCAGAAGGACUUUGGAAAGGAGGCAAGGGAACUCAAGUGGGCUCAUGCUCAGAGAACUUUGCAUGGAUUGCAACCACCUGAUACUAAGAUGUUCGGUGACAGAUCCAGUUUCACAGACCUCAAUCAGAUGGCUGAAGAGGCAAAACGACGAGCUGAGAUUGCAAGGUUAAGAGAACUGCAUACUCUGAAAGGGCAUGUGGAGUCCGUGGUAAGAUUGAAAGGCUUGGACAUUGAUACAAUUCAGCAAGCCUACACUGUCUGACUGAAGACUUCAUGUUGCAUGCACCUCUGCCGGGCUCUGCUCUUAUUUAUUUGGUUGUAUUUUUCUGGAUUCUAUAUGUCAUAUAAAAAUAUGUUUUUAUAUUAUCAGGCUGUAACUAGAUGCAUUUUAUGCCGUGUAUUUUGCCCUUCUGCUGAUUCAAGGAUGAGGUUGUCUGUACCUUCUGAUUUUGUCUGGGGCAUGAGAGUGGAUGUCAGCCUUUUCACACUGAAUCUGCUGCCCCCUGCCUUGUCCCCACUUGUGUGGGGGAUGCAAUGGUUGAGGAACAGGACAUGUGUUGUACUCGCCUUCUCUUAUCUACUUGUCUAUUACGACCUCA